CGGCCCCUCCCCUUCAGUCUUGCACAGGUGUACCGGCUCCUCCCCUUCAGUCUUGCACAGGUGUACCGGCUCCUCCCCUUCAGUCUUGCACAGGUGUACCGGCUCCUCCCCUUCAGUCUUGCACAGGUGUACCGGCUCCUUCCCUUCAGUCUUGCACAGGUGUACCGGCUCCUCCCAUUCAGUCUUGCACUGGUGUACCGGCUCCUCCCAUUCAGUCUUGCACAGAUGUACCGGCCCCUCCCCUUCAGUCUUGCACAGGUGUACAGGCUCCUCCCCUUCAGUCUUGCACAGGUGUACUGGCUCCUCCUCUUCAGUCUUGCACAGGUGUACCAGCUCCUCCCCUUCAGUCUUGCACAGGUGUACCGGCUCCUCCCCUUUAGUCUUGCACAGGUGUGUUGGCUCCUCCCCUUCAGUCUUGCACAGGAAUACCGGUCCUCCCCUUCAGUCUUGCACAGGUGUACCAGCUCCUCCCCUUCAGUCUUGCACAGGUGUACCGGCUCCUCC